AUGUUUGAAGAGGCUAAAGAACACCACGAGCGUGCAUUGAAUCAUCUCAGCUACAACUUGAAUCAGGGCCAAAAGUCGAGUCAAGAAGUUGCAGACUCUUUGAACAAACUGGGAAAUGUAUUCUAUAGACUAAGCCACUUUGAUGACGCAAAGGAUUACUUCAUCAGGUCGCUAAAAAUGAGGGAGGAGUUGUGUGGUGAAGAGGAUGCCGCUGUUGCUUCCUCCCUUAACAAUCUGGGAUCCAUCUACAGCAUCUUGGGUGAGCACCAGAUUGCAAAGGAUUAUUACCAAAGAUCACUUGCCUUAGCCAAAAAACGCUUUGGGGAAACCCACCCCCAGGUCGCCCACUGCUUAAGUAAUCUUGGAAUUGUGCAUUGUGAGCUAGACGAAACCAGAGAUGCACAAAAACGUCUUGAGGAAGCGUUUGAAAUGAGGAAGAAACUGUACCAGCCCAACCACUUUGUGAUCUCUGAAUCCUACAACAACCUAGGAUUGAUGCACAGGGGUGCUGGUCAACUUGAAAAAGCAAUGAAUUGCUUCAAAUCUGCAUCAUCUAUCAGAGAGAGGGUGUUAGAUCAAGAACAUCCCGCGAUAGCAGAAGUAUUGAGUAAUCUAGGGCAGGUGUAUAUGGAUCUUGGAGAAUUGCAGGAAUCCAAAAAUUGUCACCUCCAAGCAAGGAACAUUCGGAUGGAGAAGUUGGAAAGUGAUAAUUCAGAACUAGGUGACUCGAUGCUGAAUCUUGGAAUGGUAUUUGAACAAUGCAAUGAGCUUCAUGAGGCAGCUUAUAACUAUCAUCAAGCCCUUGAAAUCUAUGCCAAGCAUUACCCAGUGAAUCAUCAUCUAUGCCAGACAACAGAAGAAUGUUUAAAACGUGUCUCACAAAAAGCAGAUUUACAGGAUUGCAGUUUGAAUAGGCCUGAAAACUUCACAGCUCGCAUCUGGUCAUCAAUGAAGAAAAGUGUCCAGGGAUCAAUGAUCUUGAACUAUUGGUUUGCUGGAUCAUAUUACAACAGAGCCAUGCAGAAUUUGGCUGAUUUUCCUUUGCUGGGUCUCUUGGGGUUUUUUGUAACUUUUAUCCUGGCUAUGCAAUAUGUCAAAUACUAUAAGCAGGACGAGAAUGCUAGGUUUUGUAAGGACUUAUUGGAGUCAAUACCCUACAUGGUUGGGUUUAGUGUGGUAUCAAGAGCACUAGAAUUAGAUCUAUUUGAUAAUUUUGAAUUACUCCAUGAAUUUAAAUUUUAUGGUUUUGUAUACCUGUUGGUGUACUUUCUUGAUCAUAUCUUUGAUGACUGGAACAGUGACUAUAUUAUUAACAAAGCCACAUCCAUUCUUAAAUUUUAA